GGAGCCAGGGCAGUGGCUCCCUGCCGGGUCAGUUGCUCCCAGCGCUGGCCCUGGGAUCAGCUCUGCUCCCUGUGCCCACUGCCUGCUGCCCCCUGCCUGGACACAAGGCUUGCUCACGCCCAUCCCUUGCCAGUCAGCUUCUUGCCAGUCACGGCUGCUGCCGUCAGUGCCCACUGCCCUGACCUCAGGAGCCCAGACCCCCCACCCAGUGACACCCCAGCUGGAAAGGUGGUAGCGCCCUGCAUUCCGCCCUCCAGCCAUGAACUGGUGCCCAUCAACACCGACAGCACCCAGAAGAAUGUAGUGGACACGGAAGAAGAAGCCUUCCAGGGUAGAAACACACGGAGAAACCUGGAGGAAGAGACCUCACCCCUGGGUCUGGUGAAGGCUGAGGGGGCCUCUUCUUCUUGGGGUACCAGCACUCAAGUCAGAAGCCAAAAGGUGAAUCCUGCUGCUCAUCAGGACUUUGGGGCCCCUGUCAGAGUCAGCCCGGCUGUCCAGCCUCAGCCCCAGUCCAUCAGAAAGAUGAGUGUGAGCCCGCCUGUGGAGGACAGCUGCGAGCUGGACCUGGUGUACGUCACUGAGCGGAUCAUCGCGGUGUCCUUUUCCAGCUCCGCCAAUGAGGACACCUUCCGCAGCAACCUCCGCCAGGUGGCCCAGAUGCUCUCAUCCAAACACGGAGGCAGCUACCUGCUUUUCAACCUCUCUGAGCGAAGACCCGACAUCACGAAGCUGCAUGCCAAGGUACUGGAGUUUGGCUGGCCUGACCUGCACACCCCUGCCCUGGAGAAAAUCUGCAGUGUCUGCAAAGCUAUGGACACGUGGCUCAACGCUGACCCCCACAAUGUCGUCGUCCUCCACAACAAGGGAAACCGAGGCAGGAUAGGCGUUGUCAUUGCAGCCUAUAUGCACUACAGCAAUAUUUCUGCCAGUGCAGACCAGGCUCUAGAUCGGUUUGCAAUGAAGCGAUUCUACGAGGAUAAGAUUGUGCCCAUCGGCCAGCCCUCUCAGAGAAGGUAUGUGCAUUACUUCAGCGGCCUGCUCUCAGGCUCCAUCAAAAUGAACAACAAGCCCUUGUUUCUGCACCACGUGAUCAUGCACGGCAUCCCCAACUUUGAGUCUAAAGGAGGCUGCCGGCCCUUCCUCCGCAUCUACCAGGCCAUGCAGCCUGUGUACACCUCUGGCAUCUACAAUGUCCAGGGAGACAGCCAGACCAGCAUCUGCAUCACUAUUGAGCCCGGGCUGCUCCUGAAGGGAGAUAUCUUGCUGAAGUGCUACCAUAAGAAAUUCCGCAGCCCAGCCCGAGACGUCAUCUUCCGGGUGCAGUUCCACACCUGUGCCAUCCAUGACCUGGGGGUCGUUUUUGGGAAGGAAGACCUCGAUGAUGCAUUCAGAGAUGAUCGAUUUCCAGAAUACGGCAAAGUGGAAUUUGUGUUUUCUUACGGGCCUGAAAAAAUCCAAGGCAUGGAACACCUGGUGAAUGGGCCCAGUGUGUCAGUGGACUACAACACAGCCGAUCCCCUCAUCCGGUGGGACUCUUAUGACAACUUCAAUGGCUACCGGGAGGACGGCAUGGAGGAGGUGGUGGGACACACCCAGGGCCCCCUGGACGGGAGCCUGUAUGCCAAGGUGAAGAAGAAGGACUCUCUGCAAGGCAGCCCCGGUGGGGUCCACAUCCAGCGCCCCGUCCUGUCAGCCACCCCCAACCACGUGGAGCACACCCUCUCGGUGAGCAGCGACUCAGGCAACUCCACCGCCUCCACCAAGACAGACAAGACCGAUGAGCCUGUGUCUGGCCCUGCCAGCGCCCCGGUGGUGGCCCUGAGCCCUGAGGAAAAGCAGGAGCUGGACCGGCUGCUCAGCGGCUUUGGCCUGGAGCACGGGAAGCAGGGCACCAUGUACCGAGGGGUGCCUCACCCCCUCGCCCGGGCCGCAGCGCCCCCUCCCGGCCACCACGUGGUCCCGGCGCAGGUGCACGUCAAUGGCGACGGGGGCGUGGCAUCCGAGCGGGAGACUGACAUCUUGGAUGAUGAGUUGCCCAACCAGGAUGGGCACAGUGUGGGCAGCAUGGGUACCUUAUCCUCUCUGGAUGGUGUGGCCAACCUGAGUGAAGGGGGCUACCCCGAGGCCCUGUCCCCCAUGACCAACGGUGUGGACAAACCUUACGCAGUGGAGCGCAUGGUCAAUGGUGGGGGCUACGCCUAUGAGACAGCAGGCAGGGGGCCUCCUGUAGGUGCCCCCAUGCGGCCCUCCUACUCCGCACAGGAGGGCCUAGUUGCCUACCACCGAGAGGGCCCCCAGCCUGCCUGGCCACAGCCGGCGCCCACUUCCCACUACGGCCAUGACCCAGGUGGCCUGUUCCGCUCCCAGUCCUUUCCGGAAAGUGAGCCCCAGCUGCCCCCAGCUCCAGCCCGCGGGGGGAGCAGCCGAGAGGCUGUGCAGAGGGGCCUGAGCUCCUGGCAGCUGCACCAGCAGCAACAGCAGCAGCCUCUGCCACCUCCUCGACAGCAGGACCGAGCUCCCACAGAGAGUGGCAGGCCUGAGUUCCCAAGGGCAGCCUCGCAGCAGGAGAUUGAGCAGUCCAUUGAAACCCUCAACAUGCUGAUGCUGGACCUGGAACCCAUCUCUGGGGGUGCCCCUUUGCACAAGUCCCAGAGUCUCCCUGGGGCCUGGCCAGGGGCCUCGUCCCUCUCGGCUCAGCCUCUACCUGGCACUGCCCACCCACUGACCCAGUCCAGGUCAGGCUACAUCCCCAGUGGCCAUGCCCUUGGAGCCCCCGAGCUGGCCCCUGCCAACAGGCCUUACUCUCCUUAUGAUUAUCAGCACUGCCCGGCCGGGCCCACCCAGAGCUUACAUCCAAAGAGCCCAGCCACUGCUUCCUCCACCUCACCGGCCUUCCUCCCAGCCACCCAUAGCCCGCCUGGGCCCCAGCAGCCCCCCGCCUCAAUCCCUGGCCUCACUGCUCAACCACAGCUGCCACCAAAGGAGGGUACACCAGACCCAUCCCGCACUCCAGAGGAGGAGCCCUUGAACCUGGAGGGGCUGGUAGCCCACCGGGUGGCAGCCUACAACGCCAGACUGCAGGGCCUGGGGCACAGUGUUGGCUCCCGGCGUCCUCCUCUCCACCGGCUCCAAGAUUCCUCCCUCUCUGGUGGCCCCCCAGACCCCCUCGUUUCCAGAGCUCCGGGCAUGCCGAUGGACACCCAGUGCCACCAACUGGAGCGGAGCAGGCCAGGCUUCUGGAAGUCGGAAGGCUGGAGAGAAGAGCUGGGGGUCCAGGCUCGCGAGAGGCAGCCUGCAGAGCCCCCUGCCCCCCUCCGGAAGCGGGCAGCAAGCGAUGGACAGUACGAGUACCACUCUCCAGAGCCCUCGUCCCCCCGCAGCCCAGGGGUGCGCUCCCCUGUCCAGUGUGUCUCCCCAGAGUUGGCGCUCACCAUCGCCCUCAAUCCUGGGGGGCGGCCCAAAGAGCCUCAUCUGCACAGCUACAAGGAGGCCUUUGAGGAGAUGGAGGGGACCUCGCCGGCCAGCCCACCACCCAGUGGGGUGCGCUCCCCUCCAGGUCUGGCCAAGACACCCUUGUCUGCUCUGGGUCUGAAACCCCACAACCCUGCGGACAUUGUGCUGUACUCCAUGGGUGAGGAAGAUGAGGGGAAGGUAGUGAUGGAACUUCCAGAAGCAGAGCCCCGGAGCUACGUCGAGUCAGUGGUGAGGACUGCAGUGACAGGGCCCCGAGCUCAGGACCCCGAGUCCAAGAGCUUUACUGCUCCCACUGUCCAGGCCUACAGCCACGAGCCCCCCCUGAGGAAUGGGACCCUGGGAAGUUCCUUCGUCCCUCCCAGUCCCCUCUCUACCAGCAGCCCCAUCCUCAGCGCUGAGAGCACUUCCAUGGGGAGCUUCCCCUCCGGCGAGAGCAGCAGUCAGGGCCACUGGACACCCACCCAGCCGUAUAUGGACCCCAGCUUCCGCUCCGGCAGCCUGGGCCAACCCAGCCCCUCGGCACAGAGAAACUACCAGAGUUCCUCGCCGCUCCCAGCCACGGGCAGCAGUGGAGCUUACAGCAGCCCCGACUACGCCUUCCAGCCAUUCAGCACCCCUGACGGCCAAGCCAGGCCUCCAUUUAGCUCGGCCGGUGUCCACCCCGUGCCCGGGAGCCCCCAGGCACGCCACCGGACAGUGGGCACCAACACGCCCCCCAGCCCUGGCUUUGGCCGCCGGGCCCUCAACUCCGGCAUGGCCACGCCUGGGAGUCCUGGCCUCAGUCACCGCCAGGUGAUGGGGCCCGGAGCUGGUUUCCAUGGCAACGUGGUCUCCAGCCCCCAGAGCAGCACUGUGACCACUCCGGGGAGCCCAGGCCUCGCCCGGCAUCCAGGGGUCCACCAGUCCUCAGGCCUCCAUGGCAGCAACCUCGUGGCCACUCCCGGGAGCCCCAACCUGGGUCGGCACCCUGGGGUGCACCAAGGCAGCCUGGCCUCAGGUCUCCAUGGCAGCACAACCCCCAGCCCUGGGAGCCCCAGCCUGGGCAGGCACCUGGGGGCUUCUGGCACUGUGGUGCCUGGCAGCCCCAGCUUGGACAGGCACACAGCCUAUGGUGGCCACUCCACCCCUGAGGAGCGCAGACCCGCACUAUCCCGGCAGAGCAGUGCCUCAGGCUACCAGGCGCCCUCUACACCCUCCUUCCCUGUGUCGCCUGCCUACUACCCGGGCCUGAGCAGCCCUGCCACCUCCCCGUCGCCUGACUCGGCUGCCUUCCGGCAGGGCAGCCCCACACCAGCCUUGCCCGAGAAGCGGAGGAUGUCCAUGGGUGACCGCGCGGGCAGCCUCCCCAACUAUGCCACCAUCAACGGCAAGGUGUCCUCCUCACCUGUGGCCAGCGGCAUGUCCUCCCCCAGCGGGGGGAGCACCGUCUCCUUCUCCCACACUCUGCCUGACUUCUCCAAGUACUCCAUGCCAGACAACAGCCCUGAAACUCGGGCCAAAGUGAAGUUCGUCCAGGACACUUCCAAGUAUUGGUACAAGCCAGAGAUCUCCAGGGAGCAGGCCAUUGCCCUCCUGAAGGACCAGGAGCCUGGGGCCUUCAUUAUCCGCGACAGCCACUCCUUCCGGGGCGCCUACGGACUGGCCAUGAAGGUGUCUUCUCCCCCAACCACCAUCAUGCAGCAGAAUAAAAAAGGGGACAUGACUCAUGAACUGGUGCGGCACUUCCUGAUAGAGACGGGCCCCAGAGGCGUCAAACUCAAGGGCUGCCCCAAUGAGCCCAACUUUGGGUCCCUGUCUGCCCUGGUCUACCAGCACUCCAUCAUCCCACUGGCCCUGCCCUGCAAGCUGGUCAUUCCAAACCGAGACCCCACAGAUGAUGCAAAAGAUAGCUCGGGCCCUGCCAACUCAACCACCGACCUGCUGAAGCAAGGGGCAGCCUGCAAUGUGCUUUUCGUCAACUCUGUGGACAUGGAAUCACUCACAGGGCCCCAGGCCAUCUCGAAAGCCACUUCUGAGACACUGGCUGCUGACCCCACACCAGCAGCCACGAUUGUUCACUUCAAAGUUUCUGCCCAGGGAAUCACACUGACUGACAACCAGAGAAAACUCUUCUUCAGAAGACACUAUCCCCUCAACACUGUCACCUUCUGUGACCUGGAUCCACAGGAGAGAAAGUGGAUGAAGACAGAGGGAGGUGCACCUGCUAAGCUGUUUGGCUUUGUGGCCCGGAAGCAGGGCAGCACCACGGACAACGCCUGUCACCUCUUCGCUGAGCUGGACCCCAACCAGCCCGCCUCUGCCAUCGUCAACUUCGUGUCCAAGGUCAUGCUGAGUGCAGGCCAGAAGAGAUGAGUCCCCAGCCCUUGCCCCACCCAGGGACGGGGCGGUGGGGACGGGGCACACCUGGAGGGGACCCUGGCAUCCUGCCCAUUCUGGAAUCUGGAAGGAGGACUUGGGGGCCAGUUAUGGAGAAGGAGAGAAGAAAGUGCAAUGUGGGGAGAGGGAAGUGAAAUGAGAGGGAGAGAAGGAAUGCAAGAAAGCAAAAGAUGGAAGAGGAGAACUCAGAUUCCCCUGGGUAGAUGGAUACUGAGGACCCCCCACUCCCAAAGCCUACCAAACUAACCAGGUCCCAAUAACUCCCCAUCCGACUACCCCAGAGUAUGAAGUCCUUUAAAGGAGGCAGCACCAGCCAUCUUGGGGAGGGCUCCAUCUCUUUUUAGGGGGAAGGGAGAUGGACACGCUGUCUCUCUUUAACCCAACUCCUUUGCAAAGAGAAAUCCCACUGAGAGACUCUUUCUCUGCCCACCCCACCCCACCCAGCCUGUGGGGCCAGAGGGCAGUGGCAGCACUUUUUGCUUUUGAAACGAUCUCAGACCUGUCACCCCAGCCCCCAGCCCCCAUUCUGGCUCCCCUCUGUGUCCAUGUGGGUGUCUCCACAUGUGUCCAUGUGAGUGUCUGUGUGUGGUGUCUUCAUGUCCACACCCACACACAGUAAUUAACCCUGGCCUCUCAGCUGGAUAUUCUCCCAUGCCCAGGUGUUUGUACACACACACAUGCAGAUGAGCAAAGGUUAGAGCUGGGCAUGAAGAGACCUGGCCCUGUGCCCAGGAGCACCCAAGGGCAGGAGAAGACAGCUCUGUCUUGAGCCCGGUACCUGACACAGACCUGGGCAGGGGAGGGAGCUGGCCAGCCUGCCAUCAUCCCCUCUGCUGCCACCACCUGGGAAGCUGAGCACUGAGUUGACGACAUGGAGACACAUGUCACUGUAGACUCAGGGCCGAGUGUUCAGGAAGGGUGAUAGGUGCCCUGCCGGCUCCCAGCCUCCACCUGUGUUCAUGGGAUUCAAACCCUAGACCAGCCUUAUCUCGCACUUGCUUCUCUGCAUGUUGCUGGCGAGGGGGCUCCCUUACUCUGCCCAGCUCUGACUGUUCUGCCUUGCCGUGUAGCCUGGGGAGACUGCUCCCCAAAGCUUGUGCUCUUGUGCCCCACCUGCAAGUAUUCUGGGGUCCAAGGUGCUGUGCCACCCAGAGUCCCGUUAGCAGAGCUCUGGGGCUGCACUCUGUACACCACAGGGCCUCCCCACAAUGCCAAAGCCUUGCUUUGCCACCUUCUGCCUCAGUUUCCCCAACAGAGCCAGCUGCCCAUGGGACAGAGAGCAGAAGGCAUCCCAAAGGCUGAGAGUCCACUGGGACAAAUGAGAACCCCUCACCACCACCCGGGACUCCAAGUCAGAGCAGAAAUUCACUAGGAACCCCCCCUCUAGAGCAGUCCCCUAAGCCCUCGGGGCACCCCCAGAGAGCAAGGCCUUGUACUGAUAUAUAAAUAUAUAUAUAUAAUAUAUAUGUGAGACAUACUGAUGGAAUCUGUAAGCUAGUAAAAUAUAAGAAAAGGUGAAAAAAAGGAAUAGGUCAAUUGACAAGAAGUAUUUAUUAUUUCCCUGAUUGCUUUAAUGCCUUCUGGGCAGAAACCAGUCCCUGUCCCUUUUUCUAUGUGUAAGUAAGUGAACCCUGAAAAUGCAGGGGGCCCUUAUGCUUGGAGCAAUCAGGGGUUUCCUUGCUGUGGCUUUCCCUAUACUCUUUGGGGCUCCAUGCGCUGGGGGUGCAUGUGAUCCAUCCCUCAUGGCACCCCCCCCCCCCAGUUUCUGGCAAGCUUGGGGCAUGGCUGUCAGCUCCCAGAGAUGAGAGCCCCCCACCCCAUUAACUAGGAAAGUGUGCAGGAUGUGGGUGAUAGGUGUAUGUUUUUGUAUUCUCCCUCCUCUGAGGAGCUGUAUCUGUGUGGACAUUGAUGUUUCAGGAAAGGAAAAAGUCAGGGCAGAAGGCAGUCAGCCCCCCUCUCCCCAAAGUGUGACACUGUGUGCCUGGUGACCGAGGUCCCCCCAAAGUGCCCUUCCUUCCCAGGCCUCCUGGCUUCACCCCAGGACUGUGCCCCUCACUGUCCCUGUCCCCUUCCUCUGUAAAUAUUUCCAUCUCCCCCUCCUAUCUGGGGUCCUCUCCUGACUGGGACCCACACACACCCCCAUGGAAGUCUGGGGGCUGCCUCCACACAUGCUUCCUACCACCUAGCAGCAGUCCACCUCCCUGGCACAGCCAGCAUGAGCUGCUUGCACCCCAGGAAAGUCGGGGGGCCCUGGGAUGCUGCCCACUCUUCCCUCCAGCCCUCCGGAAGCAAGUGGCUUCCAGAAGGAUGAUAGGAAAGGGGGUGCCUGGAUCCCCCUCAGCCACUGGUUGGGAAGACAGCACAGCCUUCCUGUGCCCCGCCAGCCACACACACACACACACACACACACACACACACACAGCACUGCAGUAUAUUCUUGCCAAAGAUUUCUUCUCAAAGGAAGCACUUUGAAUGAUUAUCACUCUUAUGUCCACAUCCCUCCUUCUCUCUCUUCCUUCUCCCUCUAUGUAAUGUUGGUUGUGAAAGUCAGCCAGGAAAUGUCUGUCUGUAGUCUUAAAAUACCCACCCCCCCCCAGGUGGAUGGUGAGUGGGAGUGGGACGUGUCAGACCUGUUGGCAGGAAAGAGAAGGCCAUUCAGGUCGGGGUGCACUGGUACUGUCUUCCUAGGUGGCUCAUGCUCCACCAGCCUGGAAGAGCAAGAGAGCAGGGAAGUGAUUCUCUAACUCAGCAGGGCCAGGGGCCAGGUGGAGGGGAGGGACAGACUGGGAACAAUGGAGAGGUGACUUCAGAGAGGAAGCAGGAGGAAGUGAGCCCCCUGGUCAACCUCUAGGGAUUGUUCCUACCUUGAGGACCUGGCCCCCAAAGUCCCUCUGAGGGACAGUACUGCAUGUCCCUGGCUUGGGUGUAGGCCCCCAGAGCCUUCUCUGGCAGCUUUGUAAACGUGGUGUGCCAGGCUCCUCUGCCCUGGGCUUUGAGGAAUUGCCGGGCUUGUCAGAGAUGGCAGGAUAGGGGUGGACAACAGGUGGCUUUGUAAGGGGUACACCCAGAAAGGGGGUCCAAGGAGGAAGGAGAAGGGGCUUCUCAUUUUCCUCCCCACCCCCUUCAUGCACAGACGGGCUGGGCAGACGCCCCCUGCCGCCUAGGGUCUGGGAAGGCAGUAAGGCCUCCCUCUUCUCUGCCUCUAUUCUCUCUCUCAGCUACAGGACCUGAGAAGAUCAGGGGUAUGCAGUGACUCACUCCAGGGCCACCUCUGUCCCCACAUCUCCCCACACUCAGGUCCUUGGAAAGGUGCAGGGGGAGCCCAAGAUCCACUGGUUUUUCACCCAGAACCCUGGAAUUCUAAAGCCCCUGGGACCUGUGUGUAUGUGUGUGUGAACAUCAUGUGUAAGUGUGACUGUGUGUAUUUUGCCCGUCUCUUUAGGGAACUUGGGGGUGAAGUCAGAGGUCAAGUUUAGUCACCCAGCAGUGAAAGGAAUCAGAAGAGGGAACCCAGACCCUUAGGGCCUGAGUUGCUAGGGUCUCAUCAGUGGUGGGGAUUGACCUCAUGGGCAUCUGUCCCCCAGAUGUCCCCAGUCUUGGAAGACCUCUCCUAGUCAUUUCCUUCUAUCUGGGUCUUUCCUCUCCACCCCUUACCCCAAUAGCCAGACACUGUAGAGGGAUUCCCCCCUCCCAGGCUUGGUGAUUUUUUGUUUUUUUUUAAACACCCAGUGUUCGAACAUUUAGAGACUCUCCUGUGUCCCUGUUGGGUUUGUACACACGAGAGGACACAUUGGUGGGUGCCCCCUGCCUGUCAGCCCCGCCUUCUCUCUCCCCUCUGACCUGUCAUUCUGCCCCAUCUCCCCCUAUACUGGAGAGACGGCCCUCCCCCAACUGUGUGUUUAUAGAGAUGGAAAUAUCCUUUCUAUUUUGUAUCCUUGUGCCUAGCAGCUCUGCCACCUUGUACAAAGCUCCUUCUGCAGGACAUGAAUGUAUUGUACACUGACACCCCGCUCCUGUACAGCCACUCCCCGGCCAGCGACCCGUGUAUGGCUUUAUAAUGAUAAAGUGAAAGGAAAACCGUG